UUUUGACGCAUGCGCAAUUACUCAUCUGAGCCUACUCGAAGUCAAGUAACAGGGAAGCUAAUUGCUCUAUAAACAGAAACUAUUAUCUUUAUUUUCUUCUUAAGUCGUUCUUUUUAAGUCAAGAGGGCGCAUUUUGUCACAGUUCCAUUCGCGGAUAACAACUGAGCAGCAGUGAUGAGCUUUUUUGGUUUUGGUCAAAGUGCGGACGUCGAUAUAGUUCUCACUGAUGCCGAAACGAGGAAGAAAGCUGAGCAUAAAAGCGAGGACGGCAGGAAGGACAAAUAUUUUCUCUUCUACGACGGGGAAACGGUGUCGGGAAAGGUGAACGUCACGCUCAAGCACCCGGGCAAGCGGCUGGAGCACAACGGAAUCAAGAUGGAGUUUGUUGGCCAGAUAGAGCUCUACUACGACAGGGGAAACCACCACGAGUUUGUGUCUCUGGUAAAAGACUUGGCACGACCAGGGGAACUCACGCAGUCGCAGACGUUUGACUUUGAGUUUACACACGUGGAAAAGCCCUAUGAGGCUUACACUGGCCAGAACGUCAAAUUACGCUAUUUUCUGAGAGCCACAGUGAGCCGCAGACUGAGCGACAUCAGCAAAGAAUUGGACAUUGUGGUUCACACACUCAGCACUUACCCCGACAUCAAUUCCUCCAUCAAGAUGGAAGUCGGCAUUGAGGACUGUCUACACAUAGAGUUUGAGUACAAUAAAUCCAAGUAUCACCUAAAAGAUGUGAUUGUAGGCAAGAUUUACUUUUUACUCGUGCGGAUUAAAAUCAAGCAUAUGGAGAUAGACAUCAUCAAGCGAGAAACAACUGGCACCGGGCCCAACGUCUACCACGAGAACGAUACCAUAGCCAAGUAUGAAAUCAUGGACGGCGCACCAGUCAGAGGAGAGUCCAUCCCCAUCAGGCUGUUCUUAGCAGGCUACGAGAUAACGCCCACCAUGAGGGACAUUAACAAGAAGUUUUCAGUGCGCUACUACCUCAACCUGGUCCUCAUCGAUGAGGAGGAGAGACGGUAUUUCAAACAGCAGGAAAUCACCCUAUGGAGAAAAAGUGACGUUGCAAGGAAGAGCAUGUCUCAUCAAGCCAUCCUCGCCUCCCAACGCUUUGAAAGCUCGUCCAACCCUGAAAAAAUCCAGGCUAAUGAAGACGACAGCUAAAGCCCAGCCCACUUGUGGCAGAAAGUUGUGAAUAUGAAUAUCAUUUGUGUGCGUCAGGAGAGAAUGUGCCGUACCUUUUUGCUGUGCAAGUGUGUGUCAGGGGAACAAGACAAGCUCAAAUUGCUAUGUUAUUGUAUUUGUUUGUUUCGAACACAUUUAAGUGUCGAUGGGUGGAGUUUACCAAAUGGCGAAUUAUUUUACUGUGACAGGGAAUCUUCCUGGUAAAGCAAAACAUGCACCGAAUUAACUAAUGAAUUGGCAUUUGUUUUGCAAAUCUCACCCUCUUCCUGCAUGUGAUUACAAUUAGCAAAUACAUUUAGCAUUAAAGUGUGCACGUGUGCGUGCGUGUCUCGAACAUGGCCUUUAAAUCUUUCUACUUUGUGCUGCAGCUGUGGUCAACUAUAAAUCUCAAAUUUAUAAAUUAAUUGUUUAAUUGCUGUCUUGGAAACAACCUUUAUUUGCUUUGAGUUAAAGAGGAAAUUAAAUGAACCGUGUGCUUAAAUAUUUUCAUACAUCUCACCAGAAAUGACUAUUUUUUUAACAGCAUCAGAUAUGCUAAAUGCCUUACCUAGACCAGUCGUAUUGUUUGCUUCCCCCCCCCCAAAAAAAAUAAAAAAAUGUGGCAAUGAUGAGUAAAGGGGGGGAAAAAAAUAACCAAUAGUCAUCGAGGUAAUCAACAUUUAUUUUUUGGACAGAUCAAGCAAAUAUUCGCAACAUUUAUGUUGAGUGUGUUUAUUCGUGCUGUAUACUGAUGCACUGGUAAAAGUUUAGAUACAAAACCCCCAAAGUCAGUAAAUCAUCUUAAGUGUUGUUGCUUGGCUUCUGAGCCGUGUAAUUUUUAUUUGCCGUACAGGCAGUGUUCAACAUUCCUAACUGUCAUAAAGAGAAGUUAACCACGGUAUAAUAAAACUAUCCUUCCAUUUGCUAAAGCACUUGUCCUCAUUUAUAUCGCGAGUGUACUAGAGCCUAUCCCAACUCACUUAGGGCAAGAAGCGGGGUGCCCUCGGCUGGUCGCCAGCCAUUCCAAGGGUGCAUAUAUACAAACAACCAUUCACACUUAUAUAUUCACACCUAUGGACAAUUAGUCUUCCAUUAACCUAACUUGGAACACAGGAAGCCAGAGUACCCUAGAGAAAACCCACACAAGCACACGGAGAACAGGCAAACUCCACACAGAAAUGCUGGAGAUGUGAUCUAAACUUCAGAACUGAGGCAGAUGUGCUAACCACUAUUACACACACACACACACACAAAAUAAAAGUAAAACUAUUCACAACUUUGGAGACCCUUCACACAGAUUUGUGUUUUGGCCUUUAAUCCCCCUGCAAUUAGUUUUUUGUAUUUAUUUAUUUAUUUUUAUUUUUUUCCAAACUAAGCUCGCUGGCCCUGCAAGGAUGAAUUUGAAAUCCGAUUGGUUAAAGACACAGUACCAUUGCUAAUAGUUGAAAUUACAUCUGCCAGAUCCUGGAGGCCUUGGGCAGAUUAGAUUGACAUGGGGGUAAUAAAAGAUGAAAUAUGACACUGGAGAAACACUAUGAGAAUAAGAGAAUAGGGCCCUCAAACUAAUUUUUGUCACGGUCCACAUUAUAAUUCAGUUUUCCCACAGAGGGCCAUUAUGACUGUGAAACUAUAUAAAUGGUUAAUCGCCUCUUAUUAUUGCAUAUACACAACAAAUUGAUGGAUAAUCAAUUUUGAAAUUAGAAGUCAGGGAUAUUAGGUUGGUCAGUUACUGUAAAAAAAAAAAGGGAUUUGUAAAAGAUAAAUGCAUGUAAUAUUUAAACAUUUUGAAAUUUUGGUACAGAUUUUACCAAGAAUCAUGGAAGUUGAUGCAAAUGAUUUGCUUUCACGGCCACAUAAAAUGAUGUGGCGGACCAGAUCUGGCCCGCAGGCCUUCAAUUUGACACCAGUAGAAUAGACUUGACAAUAAUUUAAUAGAUUCAACUUUCAGUGAAACAUAGGUUUGAAUCUGAAUGGUUCUGUCUAUAUGUGCUCUGCAAUUGGCUGGCGACCAAUUCAGGGUGUAACCCGCCUCUCACCCAAAAUCAGCUUGGUUAGGCUACAGCUCACCCACAACGCCAGUGAGUGUAUGUACAGUUAAGUGGUACACGACAUGGAUGGAUGGACUUGCGGACGAUCCACUGCAUUAAAAACCCGGGGUGUCAGAGAACUCACUUGUAGCAUACUUGUUUUCUCUUUAUACAGACCAAAUGAUCAAUCAUGUUCAAAUAAUCUAUCAGAAAUGAACAAAAUGACUUUCAAGGUUUUCAAAGUGUGGGACAGAGUGUCUACCUUCAAGAAAUAAAACUGCGGGGGGGGGGGGGGGGGGGGCGGCGGCGGCCUCUCUGUGUUAGAAUUAAUAGGCAUUUUUCCUUUAACGUAAUUGAAGUUCGCUCAAGUCUUAAGAUUUUUUUCUCUCAAGCUACAACACCUCCCAGGGGAAGUGUUUUUCACACUUUGAAAACCAACUUGCUCCCUUGUGAAUUGCUUCAUGCUUUUUGUGUCUUCGUUCUGAUUACUUUUGAAGUUCUUCUUUUCAUUUGCACUAUGAUCUGUUUUCCUGCUCUUUGUACUUUCAUCGCAACAAACCUCUUUUGAUCGCGACCACCACCUCCAAUCAAUUAUGGACAUUGUGACACGAGUGUUAUUGACUGAGCCGACCCAGACGCUUGUUUGGGCUCUGGGUCGUACUUGUCUUUUUAUUGUUAGUCUGCUUUGUGCCUCAGGAUUGAUUGCCAAAAUAAUAUUGUGGAUGCAGUGUCAGGGUACAACUGAAAAUACACUGUUCCUUUGACUUUCUACAAGUCAUCUUUUACUUUAGGACAUAUUUUGUCAAGUUUAAAAAAAAAAAGUGUUACAUUUCAUUUACCCAUUCUGGGGUGGGGAAAAAAAGAAAGAAAAGCACACCAGUGAAUUGAAUCGUGAGCUACUUUCAUGCUGGAUUGUACAAGUGCCAUAUAUUUUUAUAUUUCACACGAGUCAUUGGAGUAAAAAGGCACAUUGUCGCAUCUUUGUCAUGCUGACGGGUUGCGUCAAAUGCUCUUUGUUAAAUACAGUGGCCGACCGCGACUAGUAGUAAUUAAUCCCCAUUAUAAUUGCAUUGGAAAAACAACAUUUUUGUUUGCUUUGUUGUUGUUUUUUUACCCGGAAAAUUCUUCAAUAAGCGGGGAUAUACCGCUAAUAAGCUUUGUCGCGAUUGGUCCUACCCCCAAAUAUAAAUAAAAUACGGGGGUCCACUGUAUGCUACAAUCUACAUUAGGUCCUUGAUGAAGUGUGUCCUUUAUUUUGCUGAUUGAUUCUCAGCCUUCACUGAAAUUAUAUAUUAAAUAUACAUCGUAGAAAACCUGGAUCAACUUUACUGUGUCUACAGUAUAUGUUUCUUUGUUUUUGUAUUCUUUCGUUGUACAUUGUAUUUUUUUGAGCCUUGGUACAGACAAAAGCCUGUCCAACGCUGUUUGUAAAAGGUUCAAUUGAAAUAGAAUAAAUAUACAGUAGAUUAUAAAUGCACAAUGUAAAUGAUGCCGCAUUGUUAAUGUUUGACAUUUUAGCCCUUUUUCUCUUAAAGAUCACUUAAAUGAUUUUGUUUCUGUUUACUUUGAAAUAAAGGACGGAAAACUUU